AUUCAGACGCCGUCGAGGAAGCAUUAAACACUUGCGUGCAUAUACAUACAUAUGUCUUGUUUCAAAUAAUUGUUGAGCGUAAUUUGACAUUCGGUCGUUAUUUUAAAUUAUUUGUGCGAGUGUGUACUAUAAAAUCGAUUUAAUACAACAAUGAAGGUCUGUUGCAUUGGCGCUGGUUAUGUCGGCGGCCCAACAUGUGCGGUAAUGGCACUCAAGUGUCCAGAUAUAAGCAUAACGCUGGUCGAUAAAAGCGCUGAGAGAAUCGCACAAUGGAAUUCGGAGAAAUUGCCCAUUUACGAGCCCGGUCUCGAUGAGGUGGUCAAGAAGUGCCGCAAUGUGAACCUAUUUUUCUCCACGGACAUUACGACAGCCAUCAAGGAAGCUGAACUGAUUUUCAUUUCCGUCAAUACGCCAACGAAGACCUGCGGCAGCGGCAAGGGUCGUGCUGCGGAUCUGAAGUAUGUGGAGAGUGCAGCACGCAUGAUAGCCGAGAUAGCGCAGUCCAACAAAAUCGUCGUCGAGAAGAGCACGGUGCCGGUGCGAGCGGCUGACAGCAUUAUGCAUAUAUUGCGAGCAAAUCAGAAGCCGGGCAUACACUAUGACAUACUAUCGAAUCCCGAGUUCUUGGCCGAGGGCACUGCCAUCAACGAUUUACUGAAUGCGGAUCGAGUUUUGAUUGGUGGCGAGGAAACGGCCGAGGGUCAUAAGGCGGUGGAGAAGCUGUCGUGGAUCUAUGAGCAUUGGAUACCGAAGAAGCAUAUAUUAACGACGAAUACGUGGAGCAGUGAGCUAUCCAAGUUGGCGGCCAAUGCAUUCCUAGCGCAGCGCAUCUCAAGCAUCAAUUCGCUGUCCGCGGUGUGCGAAUCAACCGGAGCGGAUGUGUCGGAGGUGGCGCGCGCCAUAGGUCUGGACUCACGCAUCGGUUCCAAGUUCCUGCAAGCCUCGAUCGGCUUCGGGGGUAGCUGCUUCCAGAAGGAUAUUCUUAACCUGAUCUACAUAUGCGAGAACCUCAACCUGCCUGAGGUGGCGGCCUACUGGCAGCAGGUGAUUGACAUGAAUGAAUACCAGAAGCGCCGUUUCUCGCAGAAGAUCAUCGAGAGUUUGUUCAACACGGUGUCGGACAAGCGCAUCGCAAUCCUUGGAUUUGCCUUCAAGAAGAAUACGGGCGAUACACGUGAAACGGCUGCGAUAACCGUUUGCCAGACGCUGCUGGAGGAGGGCGCCAAAUUGGACAUCUACGACCCCAAGGUGGAGCCGGAGCAAAUCAUUGACGAUCUAACGCAUCCCAGCGUAACGGAAUCUCCAGAGAAUGUCAAGAAGGCGGUGCAGAUACACAGCGAUCCGUACAGCGCCGUGAGAGCUACACACGCUCUGGUCCUGUGCACGGAAUGGGAUGAGUUUGUGAAUCUGGACUACAAGCGCAUCUAUCAAUCGAUGAUGAAGCCGGCGUACAUAUUCGACGGGCGCAAGAUUCUGGAUCACGAGCGUUUGCUGCAGAUUGGAUUCCAUGUGCAGACUAUUGGAAAGAAAUAUCAGCGGGCGGGACUUCUUCGCUCAUGGGGCAUUGUGCCUCAGCUGUAGGCGUGUGGGCAUUACGACUUAAAUCUGUCAACAAUUUCCAGUAUUUACGCACCUAAAUGUAAAUAUGCUGUUGUGUUAUAUCUAUAUAUGAAUGGUCCAAGUAUUCCGCUAGAUACGCCUAAGUAUUCCCACAUCUAUUUCUACAACCAGAUGUCGUUCCAGUUGCAAUAUCUAAAUACAUAAAUAUAUAUAUAUAUAUAUAACUAUUUCCGUUGCAAACGGUCUGCCCUAUUACUUUACUAUAUACAGGAGCUGCAUUUCUGUAUCAUUUGAUCGCUGAACAAGCAUUUACACACAUUAUGUAAAUUUUAUAAUAAAAUAAACAAACAUUUAUUCA